AUGUCGGAACCCCCUAGAGGCACUCAGCACAACCCGCUCGAGAUACCUUCCAGCCCUGAAAGAGCACCGCAACACGUCGCAUCGCAGAAAAAGAAGAAACAGAAAUACUAUGCUGUGGCUGUUGGUCAUGAGAUGGGGAUUUAUACGGAAUGGGACAAAGUAAAAUUACAAACAGAUGGGUACCCUGGCGCCAAGCACAAAGCCUUUGCCACACGUGCCGAAGCUGUGGAUUGGUUUAGGGAGAAUCAGAGGCCCAUUAAUCAAGAGUCCCGCAAACAGGCUGACUACCUAGACAGGGCAGAGUGGCACUAUGUGCAGCAAGGUCAUUCCGGAUUGUAUGGUCAUCCUGCUUCCGGUCCAGGGCGACCGCCGUACGAUGCCGAAGCGCUAAGAAUCUACCGGCAAGAGAUCAAUAUCAUGGAACAAAAGCGCCACGCUGAACUAGGGAUCGAGCCUCCACUUGAACUUGACGAAGAACUGGAACUGCCCUAUGCUGUAUUUAAUGCCGCGAGUCCGCACAAGGCCACCGAAAUUUCCUUGGAUCCCGAUCCUGUCCUGAAGCCGGAGCAACAGAAGGUUGUGGAUUUAAUACUUGAAGGCCACAACGUGUUCUACACAGGCUCAGCUGGAUGCGGCAAAAGUACCAUACUCAAGGCCUUUGUCAAGCAGAUGUCGCUUCGAGGAAAACGAGUCAAGAUAGUGGCGCCUACAAACUUAGCUGCACUCAAUGUUGGCGGUGUCACAACAUGGUCUUUCGCCGGUUGGACACCGGACAGCAUGAAGAAAUCGCUGGCUACGCUCAUGAAGAAUGCCAGUGGAAAAGAAGUCUGGGAGCGUUUUGACAAAACUGAUGUGCUUGUCAUUGACGAGAUCAGUAUGGUGGAGAACCUUCUUUUUGAGCGUUUGAACCACAUCAUGAAGGCGUCCAUUGGAGAAAAACGUGGGGGUGGACCAUUUGGUGGCGUUCAGGUCAUUGUCACAGGUGAUUUCUGUCAACUAUCACCUGUUCGCCCUUUUCAAUACUGCAUUGGAUGCGGCUGGGAGCUAAUCCGCGAUAACCAAUGGCGUCCUAAAGAAUAUCGUUGCGAGAACAAGCACUGCGGCGAGGAUGUCUUUCAGGAUAUCGACAAGUGGGCUUUUCGCUCUAAAGCUUGGGAAGAGUGUAACUUCAAACACAUCAACCUCACAGAGAUCCACCGACAGAGCGACAAGAAGUUUAUCAGUAUUUUGCAGAAGAUUCGGACAGACGGUGUCAUACUCAAGCCGCACGGGCAUAUACUGCUGAACCACACGUCAGAGACCGAAGGAGCCAUCAAGCUGUUCGCCAGACGCGAUGACGUCGACCGAGUCAACAAUGAGAACAUUAGUCAACUCCCCGCUGAACCAGUCACCUACAAAUGUGUAGACCAUUUUGAUUGGAAGCCUCACCAUAAGGACGACACAUCCAUGGAGAAAAACGCGCGACCAGGAGAAGACGGUACACUAGCCGCACUUAAAGAGCACAGGUAUGAGAUAUACGUGCACCUGAAAGAAGGCAUGCGAGUUGUCCUGCAGGCCAAUCUCGAUGCAAGUGCAGGUCUUGUCAACGGCUCACAAGGCACCAUCAUUGGAUUCGAACCUUUCGACGAGAAGCGCCUGCCACGGAAACCAGAGAAUAGGAAUGAAGCUGGUGCUUCCGACGCCAAUUUUACCAGAGGUACAUAUGCUCGUUACUUCGAAGAGCAGAUCAAGUUCUUUGCCAAGCAGAACAAAAGCCAACCGUGGCCGAUUGUGAAGUUUGAUAAUGGUCUGGAAAGAACAAUUUUCGCAGACGCCACGGCAAGCGAGCUUGGUAAUGAGGAGCCUUACAGUUUGCUCUCGCGGACCCAAAUACCGUUGAUGGCGGGGUAUGCUAUCACGGUGCAUAAGUCUCAGGGCAUGACUCUUGAGCGUGUCAUUGUCGACCUGUCUAGAGCUUUUGAGCCCAGUCAAAUUUACGUUGCUCGUGGUGCGAAUGAGCAAGUCAAGGAGUUCUUCGAGAAGUUUCUCAAGAAGACAUCAACCUGA